AUGUGCUCUGUUAAAUGGCACUGUGGCUGGAGUGCAGGCGCCAUCCUGGAGCGAUCUACCACCAUGCAAAGGCAGCAGGAGCAGGCAGCUCUUGCCGUUUCACAUAUAAACAUACACGCAGCAGCGGCCAGCUCACGCGCAUUCCCCUGCGCUGGCCUGAAUUCACCUCGCAUUUUGUCAUCCUCCGAGGAUCUCGAGCUGCUUCGCAUACGGUCCCAGAUGCAUUUCUGCUGUAUUCCGUGCAUCCUGCUUCGGGAUGAUUCUGAUGCCGAACGUUUAUUCGCUCCGUCCAGCAGCAGCAGCAGAUCUAUUUUAUUUCUUUAUUGCUGCAGCACUGAUGUUCGCUGA